AUGGUGAGCCUGUCAGAAUGUGCAUUUACCGAUGAUCUCAUGAUCUGUGCCGAACGGGAAAAAGACCUGCAAACUGAUCUAGAACUGUGGAACGCCGAAUUAGAAAUAAGAAAUCUGAAAAUUAAUGUAGCCAAAUCGAAAGUAAUGACAAACUGCCAGGAAGACGACGUUUCAACUUACGUUCAACAUUUAAAUGCCCUCUAUUCAGAUUUUGAAUCUAGGUUUGAGGAUAUUUUGACUAUGGUAAUACCACCGUGGAUAAUUAAUCCAUAUGGUGACAUAGAAGAAACGAAUGUCAUAAUACAAGAGGAACUGACUGAACUAAGUACAAACGAAGAACUUAAGGUUCAGUUCAAAAACGGAUAUCAGCAAUUCUGGCUGCAAAACAACAUACAUGUUACUUAUCCCGUAUUAUGGAAUAUAGCGACGAAAUUUUUAAAUUCCUUUCCGUCGUCAUACCUAGUGGAAAGGGGGUUCAGCGCUGUUACCAAUCUCCUAACGAAAAAAAGAAACAGACUGGACAUCAUUAGCCGAGGAGAUUUAAGAUUAACCCUUACAAAAUUGACGCCAAAUGUUGAUAAUUUAUUAUUAAAGCAUCAGGUUCAUCCUUCUCACUAA